GUUUCAGGUGACACUGAAAGCUAAUUAAGUGACAAGUUUUGUAAAUAAAUUUCACAAACUGUUGGAUAUAAAGCAAAUUCUUUAUUCAAACGCAUAAAUUUCGAAGAAAGGAAAAUCUGAAAAUAAGAAAAAUGCCCUACCUAAACAAAAGAAGCAGCACACGGUGCGGUCCUACUGGACGAGGUGGUGUUCUAAUUCCACUUGAACCCCUUAAGGAAGGACAUCGAAUUGAUCCACAAGAACGAUUCUUCCUAGAAGCAGCAGAAAAGGGAGACAAGCAUACAAUGAUACGAUGUUUGCAAGGCCCGAACCCAGUAAAUGUUAAUUGUACUAAUAUGUUAGGACGAUCUGCCAUACAAAUAGCUGUGGACAAUGAAAACACAGAAAUAGUAGAACUCUUACUCAAACAGGAGGGUGUCAAAAUUGGAGAUGCAGUACUCUACGCCAUCCGUGAAGGGGUGUACAAGAUAGUUGAAAUGUUGAUUGACCAUCCAAGUGUUACCAGGGGUAUGCUGGGAUCGGAUUGGUCUAAAACGAAACACGGAAACGAAGAGAGUUCAGAUUAUUCUCCGGAUAUUUCUCCAGUAAUUUUGGCCGCUCAUUGUAAUCAAUUUGAAAUUCUUCAGUUAUUACUUCUUCGCGGUGCCACCAUUGAAAGACCACACGAACUGUCUUGUUCUUGUAAGAAAUGCCAGGAACAGGUUCACGAAGACAGUCUCCGACAUUCUUUGCUGAGAAUUCACACUUAUAAAGCGUUAGCUAGUCCUGCGUGGAUAUCUUUGACAAGUCUCGAUCCCAUUUUAAGCGCUUUUAAGCUAUCAUGGGAUCUUGCAAAAAAAGGAUUAAAAGAAAACGAAUUCAAGGAUUUAUAUUUCGAUUUAGCAAUGCAAUGCAAACGAUUCGCGUGCGAUCUAUUGGACCAAUGUCGGAGCAGUGAAGAGGUAAUUGCUGUAUUAAAUAAAGAGACAUCUUCAGAUGAAGAGGAUGAGCCGAGUUCGAGUGGAGAGAAACUUACUUUGGCACGAUUGAAAUUAGCUCUCAAAUAUGAACAGAAACAGUUUGUCGCACACCCACACUGCCAGCAACUUUUAACUUCGAUAUGGUACGAAGGUCUUCCAGGAUGGAGAAAGAGGAAUGGUUUCACAAAAUUACUAAUGUGUAUCGGCCUCAUACUGCUGUUGCCAUUUAUGGCAGUUUACUAUUGGAUUUUUCCACGGAGUAAAAUUGGUCAAAUUCUCCGAAGUCCUUUCAUGAAAUUUUUAUAUCACAGUGCGUCAUUUGGUGCAUUUCUGUCGCUAUUAGUUUGUGCAUCAACAGACAUUAGCAGCAAACCUGGCCGAGAAAGAUUGCGAAGUCCUCCGCCAUCAGUUUUGGAAUGGCUAAUUGUUUUUUGGGUCACAGGUUUCAUAUGGGCUGAAUGCAAACAACUUUGGGAAGAAGGGCUAAAAGCAUAUGUUCGCCAAUGGUGGAAUUGGCUUGAUUUUAUAAUGUUAUCACUUUACCUGGCUACAUUCUCAUUACGAAUCGUGGCUUAUAUUCAAGUAGAAUCAGGGAAAUAUGGACCCGAUAACAUGCAAAGGAAAAACUGGCCAGUCAAUGACCCAACACUUAUAUCUGAAGGACUUUUUGCAGUAGCAAAUGUUUUUAGUUUUGCUCGAAUUAUAUUUUUGUUUCAAGCGAAUCAACACCUCGGGCCAUUACAAAUAUCAUUAGGUUGCAUGUUGAUAGAUAUUGCAAAGUUUUUAUUUAUAUUCUUCUUGGUUUUAACGUCAUUUGCGUGUGGUCUAAAUCAGCUAUAUUGGUACUACAACCCAAGCAAUAACCCAGGAAAUCGAGCAUUUUCAACGCUUGGGGCUAGUUAUGGAACUCUGUUCUGGUCGUUGUUUAGCUUAACUCAGCUAAAAGAUAUCAAGAUUGAAGAUGGACCGAAAUUUACAGAAUUAAUGGGCGAAAUCUUGUUCAUGGCAUACCAUGCCAUGGCUAUCAUUGUUUUAAUCAAUAUGUUAAUUGCUAUGAUGUCAAAUUCAUAUCAAGAAAUUGAGAAUCAUGCUGAUAUGGAGUGGAAGUUUGCCCGAUCCAAACUCUGGAUGGGCUAUUUUGAUGAAGGUUCAACAUUACCACCUCCAUUCAACCUAAUAAUAAGUCCUAAAUCUGUAUAUUAUUUUCUACGCAUCAUUAAACAACUUAUUUGUCGAUGUGUAACACACAACAAGCAUCGUAAACCAAGAAGGAAAUCUGUUGAAGGCACUAUCAAGCGGCCCACAUACAACGGGAAAAAAAUGUGCGCCCCUCCUAAAAUUAUUCAGCUACACUACCAGGAUGUGAUGCGACGUUUGGUCAGUCGGUAUAUUCACCAGACCAAAAAGCAAUUACGUCAAGAUGGUGUCAAUGAAGAUGAUUUGUUGGAGAUAAAACAAGACAUAUCCAGUUUAAGGUAUGAACUACGAGAAGACCGCAAAAGAGAAGCUGCUCGCGCAAGUGGACACAUUGACAGUUUAAAAAGAGACAUAAUCCAUUCACUGCGUGGCUCUUCCCCAAAUUCAAGUCCUUUACGUAGUUCAAGCAUUGACAAAGGGCAACAGCUUCAGCAAUAUCAUGUACCGCAAACUCAACAGCAGCAAACGCAUGCUCAGCAACAACAGCAGCAAUCACAGCAACAGCAGUCAAGCUCGUUGUCACUGUUGACUCAACAGGACUUGGAGAGUUUGAAACGGGGAAUAGUAAGCAGCAUUAAAAAUGAAAUGCGCGAGGUGAUAGCAGAAGCAAUUCAACAAUCCACCGCCAACCUUAAUAACAACACCCCACCCUUGGUUCUACCCUCGAUAAACUCAGAAUUAUACCACACACACUUAUACACACAAUUAUGAUUAGGGAUAAGGAUUAAGAAUAAUAAAAGUUUGUUUUUUUGUUUUUCCAUUUUAACAAGAAAAAAAAAGCAUAAAAUAUUUACCGUCUUUGAUUUAGUAUGUUCUUGUAUUGUUUUCCAUUAUUAACUGAAUUUUUUUUUUUUACAGUGAGAUAGGAGUCAAAGACAUGUCAAUAAACUAAUAAGCAUACCCAAAAUAUUGGGUGUCAUUCUCAGGUUAAGGAUAUUUAGAAAAAUUGUUCACUUAACAUGGCUUUUUCUUUUUAUUCAUUAAUUUAAUUUUCCACAAAUACAAGGAGAACACACACAUAUCUUCACACACCCACAUGCUCAUGUACACACACACGCACACACUUAUACACAUGCACACACAUACAUAUUUCUUAAGUAUGUUCACAUAUCUUUGACAAGGAAUAAAAACACAUUUGCAUAAAAAUUUGAAACUCAAAAGGUAAUGUCUUCUUUCCAAACUAAAUUUUCAAUUUUAUAUUUUACAUAUUCUACAGUUUACACUCCUCUUUAUAAAAACUAUCCAACAGUCCAAAGUAAGAUAUUUUUAAUUUCUAGUUUUUUUUUUAAAGGGGUGGGGGCCAUAGGAGGGCGAAGAGUAGGGUUUCUGAUGCAAAUUAAAUCACAAUUUUCAUUGAUCAUAAUGAGUAGCAACUAAAAUAACACUUUGGGAGGUAAUAUAUCUUAAUGAAACAGGACAAUUAAUGGAACAAAAAAAAAUUAUAAUUUUUUGAUAAUAUUAAUACCAUCCAAAUCAAAAUUAUUUGUCUUGGUUUCAACGAUGCAAAAAGUUUUUAGAAAUUUCUAUGCACACACACGAACAUGCAUACACACACACACAUACACAUGCACACAUACACACACACACAUACACACACACAUACAUACAUGCGCAUGCACACACACAUGCACAUAUACAUAUAUA